AUUAUUGAUCUUUCCUUUGGAGUCUUCUUCUUUUGCAGUUUCUUCCUUCUCCAACAAACAAAUCGCAGUAAAGGGCGAAACACACACACACAGGCGCAAUGGCCGAUGAAGACUACGAGAUGGACGGAGGAUACGAGGAUGAGCCACUAGAUCCAGAACCCGAUGAAGGUGUAGAGGUGGAAGAAGAGAACAAUAACAAUGAGGAUGCUCCGGAUGACAUUUUAGGCGAAGGCGAAGAGAAACAGGAGGAAGUACCUGUUGAACGCCCUCGGAAAACGUCCAAGUAUAUGACCAAAUAUGAGCGUGCGAGGAUUUUGGGUACGAGGGCAUUACAGAUUAGCAUGAAUGCUCCGGUGAUGGUUGAGUUGGAGGGUGAAACGGAUCCACUUGAGAUUGCAAUGAAAGAGCUGCGAGAGCGAAAGAUACCAUUCACCAUUCGUCGUUACCUCCCUGAUGGAAGUUACGAAGAUUGGGGAGUUGAUGAAUUGAUAGUGGAAGAUUCCUGGAAAAGACAAGUUGGAGGUGACUGAGAUGCUCGUGCCUGAUGGGCUAGCUCAAGUGUUAGAGGAGGCUUUUGUUUAUAACUCGUGUGUUGCACAUUGAUGGUUUAUACUGUAUCACCUUUUAAGCAUCAUGUACCAGACAUAUCUUCAUACAUUGCUGGUUAUUUAAAGUGUUUAAACACUAUUCUAUCCUGAAUAAUGCUGCUUGGACAGGGAAAAAAGGGGGUACAGUGACAGGAUGAUUUGGCA